UAUCCUUCUCUUAUGUCAGGCGCCGCUCCUCCAUCUUCUAUCCAUAUCCUCUCUGUCAUGUGUUUUCUACCGCAUCUUUCUACUCUAUUUUUUUUAACCAAAAUUCACCCUCCGUUUUUCAAAACCUCGCUUCCAAUACAUCAGCUAAGAAAUUUAGCAACCCAAAUCUAACUAUAAGUGUGAAGUUAAGAUCCGAAAAAUUCUCGUCCUGAAAUUUAUCUUUAUUAACUAACCAGCUAAAACUAAGGUUUACUGAAAUCUGAAACCAUACCCCUUUACCUUAAACCAAAUUCAUCGUUGGAGCGCCGUCACUCAUAUCAAAGAAAACAAACACCAAUGUCCUGUCCACAAUGAAAAAAAAGAGGAAAACUUGUCUCAAAUCUUCACAACAACAAAUCACUUCUUCCACAACAACAACAUCAACAAAUUACUACUAUUUACCGGAAGAAUGUUGGGAAUCUAUCUUCAUAUUCCUAGUAAAGGACAAGGACAACGACUUCGAAUCUCUCUCGAUCGUCUCAAAACAGUUCCUCUCUAUCACCAACCGUCUACUAUUCUCUCUCAAAAUUUGUUAUACAAUGCGCCCUUUACUCUCUUGUCUUUUUAAAAGGUUCACCAAUCUCACCUCCCUCAACAUCUCGUCCUACGGCGGUGAUCUCAACAAACUCUUAAUCGAAAUAUCUUGUUUCCCAUUAAACCUCACAUCCCUCAAUAUCUCCAAACAAAGACACUUUCCUGCCGAUGGCUUGCAAGCUUUCUCCGGCAAGAUUACAACUUUAACUUCUCUCUUUUGUUCCCACAUGGUUUUUUUCAAUAACUCUCACUUGUUUCUCAUCUCCGACAUCUUCCCAUUGCUCCAAGAACUCGACCUUAGUUACAACAACGGGCCUAUAAAUAUUCAUUCUUGGAAACAUUGCAAUGGCAUAUCUGAAGAAGGUAUUGCUCAAAUGUUAAGGAAAUGUAUUAACAUCAAAUGUCUCAACUUAACCGGUUGUUCAAGAGUAAAGUUAUUUGGAAUCAACUUCGUAGUUUCUAAUUCUAAACUAGAGAUGUUGAACUUAACGCGGACAAGUGUUGACGAUGAAACACUCUAUGUGAUAUCGAAGAGUUGUUGCGGACUUUUGAAGUUGAGAUUGAAAGGUUGUGAUUAUAUCACAGAGAACGGAGUAAAGCAUGUGAUAAAAAGUUGCACACAACUUAGAGAAAUCAACUUGAGGGGUUGUUCGAAAGUGCAUGGUUAUAUUGUUAGCUACAUGGUAUUUUCAAGGCCAUCGUUGAAAAUGAUACUGGCUCCACCUUGUUAUUGUUUCAGUCCCAAAGAAAUGAAAUACUUAUCGAGUGGAGGAUGCCAUAUUUGCUAGUAUUCUAAGUUACCGGUUGACCUAUCUUUUUUUCCUCUUCUUUUAAGCUUGUGCAAACAACUUAUGCAAUAUAAAUUAAGUUUUAUGUUUGUAUUUUUAUAAGCUAUUUUGCAUAAGCUGUUUGCAUAAACUCAAAGGAAGAGGAAAAAAAAAAAAGGGUCAAACUGUACCUAAAACUGCUUUGUUGAAGUUUUAACUCUCAAAUGUAAUAUUUUUUUUUUUUUGUUUUUAUAUUUACUUAUUUGAAAAAAUUAAUUUUUCUUUAUUAAUGUCAAUUUACAAACGCUCAUUUUUCGAUGAUAAUUGCC